AUGGACGCCGUUAAGCGAUUCUUCUCCUCCCCGCGCUUCGCCGUGGCGGGCGCCAGCAACGACUCCCACAAGUUUGGAUACAAGCUCCUCGCAUGGUAUCACCAGCAUUCGCUGCCGGUGACCCCUCUCAAUCCGCGAGCGGCGCAGAUCAGCCUCCCCUCGCGUGCCUAUGAUACAGUCCCCUCACCCUCCGGACUGCCCUCGCCCACCCAGACCUCAUUGUCGGUGGUGACGCCCCCACCGGUGACUCUCAAGGUGCUCCAGGAGGCACACUCGGUGGGCAUCCCUGCCGUCUGGCUGCAGCCAGGGACCUUUGACGACGGAGUGCUCGAGUAUGCGCAUGCGCACUUCGAAGCGGUGAUUGCGGGCGACGACGGACGCGGCGGCGAGGGAUGGUGUGUGCUGGUGGAUGGCGACGAGGGACUGGAGGCGGCGGGCGUGCAGUGGACCAGCCAGCGCUUGUAG